AUGAUCGAUUACAUGUCGCUCGUGAUGUACAUUCUUCGUUACUACAAGUGGAAUAAGGUUUCCCUGCUGGCCCACUCCAUGGCAGCGAAUGUUGCAUUUGCCUUUACGGCCUUGUUUCCACAAUUGGUGGAUCUACUAAUCUGUCUGGACGAGUUGGACCCGCUAUCGUACGGCAUAGACCGUGUCACGGCAGUGGUAUCAAUCAGCAUUGAUAAAAUAGUUGAUAUACAUCUUCGCGCAACCGGCAAAGAAAUUGCGGCUGAACCACCGGCGUACGAUUACGAAGACAUGAUUGAGAAGCAAUACCACGCCACUGCAGGUUCGCUUACCAGAGAAGUCAGUCCUCAUAUUCUACAACGCAUGAUUAGCCCAUCGAAACGCCACGAAGGAAAGUAUUUCUUCAACGGAGACAGCCGCAUUCGCUACCUGACCAUUCCGGGUUGGUCCAAUACGAUUUACUUUAAGCUCGCGGAACGCAUCAAUGUUCCGUUUCUUGCCAUUAAAGCCACCGAAUCGCCCUAUCGGAAGUCAAAGGAACGUUUUGACGAGAUGGUUGCCUUGCAGCGAAAGAUUAAUCCGAAAUUUGAGGUUGCCUACGUUGCUGGAAACCAUCAUGCCCACCUAACCCAGCCGGAACUAGUGGAACCGAUUAUAUGUGAUUUUCUCAAGCGGUACAACAUCAACCCAGAUCGAAGCAUUGCGAGUAAACUGUAA